UGCGUAGUGGAGUUCUAGAGCGGGCCAAUAAUGUAAAGAAGGGUAGAGGUAGACCUAAAUUGACUUGGCAUGAGUCAGUCAAGAGAGACAAGGAUUGGAAUAUCUCUAAAGAGAUAGCUUUGGAUUGGAGUGUUUGGAAACUAGCUAUCAAUAUGCCUGAACUGUGACCUUUGUUUCUUUUGGGUUUCAUCUCUAGCCUACCCCAACUUGCUUGGGAAAAAAGGCUAUGUUGUUGUUGUUCUUGUUGUAUAUGAAGUUGUGUUUCAACGAUUUUUUUGAACAAGUUAUUUCAACGAUAAUGAAAAAUACCUCACUCCUGCAGCAAUACAAAGGGCAUGCUCAUUGGCCUGGCCGUCACUACAUUGCAAAUUGGUAACCUUCAUAGGUAGCACUAUGUACUAGGAAGUAAGGCAUAAAAUGAAAUAUAUUGGUGGGAACAUUUGAACUCAGUUUUUUUAAUCAAUAACAGCGCAACAUGUUUCUCCUGUAUGAUUAAAUGUGUGAUGCUCAGUGUAAAAUAUUCUAUAAGGUGAGAACUUAAUCAUCUUGCAUUUGUUGAUUGUCCUGUAUUGCUAGUUUUAUGUAACAGAGGUAGCAGCGAGGAUUGGAAAGCUAAUGAUGGGGGAGCUGGUGGAGAUGCACCGUGAAUUUGUAAGGUACUAUGGGCCAGAUACGGAUGGGUUACCCAAGUGGAUGGAAGCAGAGAAACUCAAUGAACUACCAUCAGUGUUGCAAAAGGCAGUGACUGAAGACAGGGGAAAGGAUUUAAUUUCGCUGAUGCCUCUAUACAGUCAGGGAAACAUAGAAGAAUGCAUGCAGACAAUACAGCCUGUUAAAUACGGGGAGGAAGUUUGCUUCAAUGGCAUAUUUGUGCUGAAAGCCUCUAGUUCAGGCCUGGAACUUGGCAAUUCUGUUUGGACAAUAAAAGGUCCAAGAGCUAGUAUUACCUACUUGCCAAGUGCAGUAUUUGUGUCGGCUCAUGCAUUAGAUUUGGAUUACAGCUCUCUGAAAGAAAACGAUGUUAUUUUGUUUUCGGAUCUCUCAUCCUUGAAUGAAAUGGAUGAGGAUACUGAGAAACUCGAUGAGCAUGCAAUGGAUGAAACAGACCCUUCGUUACGUCGCCAUUCAGUGUUGAGUGAUGAUGGUGCUGAUGCGGAUGAAAAGAUCCUAUUCCUUUGCAACAGUGAUGACAUCACGGAGGAGGUUGAAAGAAUCAGCUUUAUAUGCUCAUGUAUCAUCAGUGCAAUAAAAUCUGGAGGCUCUGUUCUAAUACCAAUAGGCCGCCUUGGUGUUAUUCUUUUACUCCUGGAGCUUAUAUCGGAAACUCUACAUUCUUCCAGCAUCAAGGUACCCAUAUUUAUGGUUUCUGAAACAGCAGCAGAAGUAAUUGCCUUUACCAAUGCCUUGCCUGAAUGGCUAUGCAAGUCACGCCAAGAGAAGCUAUUCUCUGGCGAGGCAUUAUUUGGCCAUGUGGAGAUUUUGAAGGAGGGCAAAUUAUUUCUGUUCCCCCAUCUACACUCAAAGGGCCUGCUGGCAGCAUGGAAGGAGCCUUGUAUUGUGAUUUGUCCACACUGGAGCCUUAGGCUUGGCCCGGCUGUACACUUGCUUCGUCGCUGGCAUGCAGACAAACGAUGCCUUCUUGUUUUGGAGCAAGGGAAUGAUGCUGAGUUGAGUCUUAAACCUUUCAUGCCCUUGGCGAUUCGAGUCCUUGAGUGUUCUUUCCUUUCCGGAGUAAGGGCAGCAAAAAUUGAUACAUUACUGGAAGUUCUCAAACCGAAGUUCGUAAUGCUUCCUGAAGGUCUUAAGUCACGAUAUUCAGGAAAGGAGAGGGCAUGGUCAUCCUUGUAUUACUCCAUGGACAAAACCAUCGAGCUCCCAAAUUUUCAGGAAGAAUUCGAGGUGCACUUGGCAACUGAUGUUGCCUUGGGAUUGCAGCCCAGGCAACUAAAUGAGACCACUGCAGUGGCGAGAUUAAGAACAAAGCUGUUUGCAAGCAGUGGACAGUACCAGCUGGCUGCUGCAGAGAAGCAAUCGGAUCAAUCGAAGUGGCACUUGCUACACCGGGACGCUGUUGAUCCAGAUCGCUUGUUACCAGCACUACAAGAAAAGGGGAUGGUAUGUUCGUUUGAUGCAGACGAUAAGUCUGCAGGUGAACGCUCUGUUCUGAUUACGAGUACAGGAGAUGCUCUAGUGAAGAUAACAUCUAAUAGGAUGGUUAUAUACUGUGAUGAUGAGAGAACAUCCAAGCAUAUUUAUGAUGCACUUAGCAGCAUUUGCAAUGGGAUCUGACUUCAUAAUUCAUGUGUAAUUGUUGUUUGUCA